CAGGAAAUUUAAGAGUUAAAAAUCAUUACUCACCUAAAGAUAUGCAUGCCAGUUUAGAAGAAUUAGCUGAAAAGGAAGAACUUGACUUUGAAGAAAUACUGACAAUAAAAACAAUAAAAGCUUGGAUAGGAAGAUAUAGUGCAAAUUUCAAAAAAGAGGUGUCAGAAAGAGUUCUGUCAGAAAAUAAUAAUAAUUAUAUUGCAGUAGUUAAUGAAAGUAGUAAACAUCAAAAAUUAUAUAAUUAG